UGUGAUGGACUUUGGAUUGGCAGGGAGAAGGUCCUUCUUCCACUGCGGUCUGAAGAUGAGCCAUGCCAGAAGCCUCCAGUAUACAGCAACAGAAGCACAAACAAAAGUCACUGAGCAGCUGACUAUAUACAAAAACCUGAUGUUUAGCUGCAGUAUGUCAGAGGAGCGAGGAAAGGACUCUCCGUCUGAGAUGAGUCUCUCAGAGAAACAGAGCUCUGUGUCUGUGAAGAGUGACCACUCAAACGAUAGAUCAGUGAACUUCAGUGACAAAAAAACACCAACUGCCAGAAGGAUUCAAGAAUUAGAUUCAGACUUCCAGACUCACGGGAACCACAAGAAUUUCAAAGACAAUCUCUUAGGGAUCUUCCAGGAUCUUGAGAGCAAAAUAAUCAAAUUCCUGAAGAAUGAGCUUGAAAAGUUUAAGAACAUAUUACAAAAAGACAACACACAAUACUUUGUGAAGGACUUUAAUGAGAAUAAAUGUAUUAUCAAAGAAGCAGCUCUUGAUCUCACACUCUACUUCCUGAGGGAGAUGAAGCAAAAUGAAGCUGCUGAUACUCUAGAAGAUGAUCUCAUUUUCAUUCAUCAGCUAAAACAUAGCCUAAAGAUGAAGUAUCAAUGUGUAUUUGAAGGAAUGGCAAAGCAAGGUGACUCUACACUUCUGAAUAACAUCUACACAGAUCUCUAUAUCACUCAGGGUAGUAGUGAACGUGUCAAUACUGAACAUGAGGUAAGACAGAUUGAAGUUGCUUCCAGGCGUCAUGACUCACAAGAAAUACCAGUUGAAUGCACAAAGAUGUUUGAAGCACCAGAACAAGACAAGCAGAUCAGAACUGUACUGACAAAAGGAGUUGCUGGCAUUGGAAAAUCAGUCUCUGUGCAGAAGUUUAUUCUGGAUUGGGCUGAAGGAAAAGAAAAUCAGGAUAUCAGUUUUAUGUUUCCUCUUCCAUUCAGAGAGAUGAACUUAAAGGAGGAAGAAAAACUAAGUUUAAUGGACCUUAUAACUCAGUUUUUCCCAAAGACAAAAGGACUGAACCUCACAAGAAGGAAUCAGUUCAAAGUCAUGUUUAUCCUUGAUGGACUGGAUGAAUGUCGUCUUCCUCUAAACUUUGAGGGUAAUGAGAUGUGGUCUGAUGUAUCUUCACAAUCCUCUCUGGAUGUUCUCCUGACGAACCUCAUCAAGGGAAAUCUGCUUCCUUCUGCUCUCAUCUGGAUCACCACCAGACCAGCAGCUGCCAGUAAGAUUCCUCCCCACUGUAUCGAUCGGGUAACAGAGGUCAGAGGGUUCAAUAAUGCACAAAAAGAGAAGUACUUCAAAAAAAGAUUCAUGGACGAAAAUCAGGCCAAAGAAAUCAUUGCUCAUGUUAAAAAAUCCAAGAGUCUAUUUAUCAUGUGCCACAUCCCAGUCUUCUGCUGGAUUUCAGCCACUGUUCUCCAGAACAUUUUAGAGGAGAAAAGAAAUAAUGAUCUGAAAAACAAUCAGGCUGAUGACGCCUCCAAAACACUGCAGGAAUCAAAUACUAAAGACACUCCCAAGACUCUGACACAAAUGUACACACACUUUCUCCGCUUUCAGAUCCAGCAGAUCCGCCGAAAGUAUGGUGGAGAAUACACACCAGAUGUUUCCUGGGAUAAAGAUGUCAUCCUUUCACUGGGGAAACUGGCAUUUCAUCAACUGGAAAGAAAUAUUCUGAUCUUCUAUGAAUCAGACCUGGAAGCCUGUGGUAUUGACGUCUAUAAGGCAUCAGUGUAUUCAGGCAUGUGUACCCAGAUCUUUAAGGAGGAAACAGGGAUCAUUCUCGGUACCAUGUAUUGCUUUGUUCACUUGAGCAUUCAAGAGUUUAUUGCAGCCCUUUAUGCACAUCUGUUUCUAGACAAAAACAAGAGAAGUGUAUUUGUUCAAGACUCUACAGAACAGGAAAACAACAAUGAAGCCAUGAUUGAUUUGCUCAAGUCUGCAGUGGACAAGGCACUUGAGAGUGACAGCGGACAUCUGGACCUUUUCCUUCGCUUCCUUCUUGGUCUGUCACUCCAGUCCAAUCGACAACUCUUACGAGGUCUGUUAACACAGCAAGACGACAAUGACCAGAGCAAGAAGGAAAUAGUUCAGUACAUCAAGCAGAAAUUAGAAGAUAAUCUGUCUCCAGAGAGAUCCAUCAAUCUGUUCUACUGUCUGAAUGAACUGAACGACCAAACUCUGGUUAAAGAGAUUCAGAACCACCUUAGCAAAGGAAGUCUCUCAUCUGGUGACCUUUCACCUGCCCAGUGGUCUGCUUUGGCUUUUGUGUUGUUGACAUCAGAGGAGGAGCUAGAGGAGUUUGAGCUUCAGAAAUUCAAGAAAUCAGAUGAGUGUCUCAUUAGACUAUCAGCAGUCAUCAGAACCUCCAAAAGAGCUCUACUAAAUGAUUGUAAAUUAACAGACAAAAGCUGUCCAACUCUUGCUAAACUUCUUGGAUCAGAUACCAAUCUGAAAGAAUUGAACAUGAACAAUAAUAAUCUGCAGAAUGCAGGAGUGAAGAAAAUCUGUACUGGACUGAAGAGGGUAAAGUGUAAAUUGGAGAUACUGAGACUUUCAAACUGCAGUAUCACAGAAGAAGGUUAUAAAGCUCUGUCUUCAGCUCUGAGAUCAAACCCUUCACACCUGAUAGAGCUGGAUCUCACAGGAAAUGAUCCUGGACAAGCCGGAGUGAAGCAGCUCACUGAUGUACUACAGAAUGGACACUGUAAAUUAAAGAUACUCAGGCUAAAUGAUUGUAACUUAACAGACACAAGCUGUUCAGCUCUGGCUACACUUCUUGAAUCAGAAACCAAUCUGAAAGAGCUGAACAUUAACAAUAAUAAUCUGCAGGAUUCAGGGGUGACUCUUCUCUGUACUGGACUGAAGAAUAUGAAGUGCAGAUUGGAGAUACUGAGGCUCAGUAAGUGUGAUCUAACAGAGAAAAGCUGUUCAGAUCUUGCUUCAGUUCUCAGUUCAGACUCCAGCAGUUUGAAGGAUCUUGACCUGAGCAACAACAAUCUGCAUGAUUCGGGAGUGAAGCUGCUAUCUGAUGGACUGAAAGAGAACUGUAAACUAGAGAAACUCAGAUUUUCAAACUGCAGUAUCACUGAAGAAGGUUAUAAAGCUCUGGCUUCAGCUCUGAGAUCAAACCCUUCACACCUGAUAGAGCUGGAUCUCACAGGAAAUGAUCCGGGACAAGCCGGAGUGAAGCAGCUCACUGAUAUACUACAGAAUGGACAGUGUAAAUCAAAGACCAUCAGGUUUCUGAAAUGUCCUGGUGCACAGGAAGUGUGUGAGUAUCUCACUGAAGUUCUGGGUACAAGUCCAUUAUUACUGAAAGAACUGGAUUUGAGUGGAGAUAUUUUAGGAACCCUGGAUGGGGGGAAGCUCUCUGCUCUUUUGAUGGACUCUCAUUGCAAGGUGGAGAAAAUUAAACUGAAUAAUUGUGAGCAGACAGCGAAAAGCUGUUCAGUUCUAGCUACUGUUCUCUCCUCCAAAACCAUCCUGAAAGAGAUGAACCUGAACAACAGCCAUCUGCUGGACUCAGGAGUCAAAGAGAUCUGUGAAGGACUGAAGAAUCCUGUGUGUGAGCUGAAGAUACUCAAACUCUCUAACUGUAGCGUAACAGAAGAAGGCUAUAAAGCUCUGGCUUCAGCUCUGAGAUCAAACCCUUCACACCUGAUAGAGCUGGAUCUCACAGGAAAUGAUCCGGGACAAUCAGGAGUGAAGGAGCUCAAUGAUUUACUACAGGAUCCAAACUAUCAACUGAAGACACUGAGGUUUUUGGGUCCAGAUGCAGAUGAAGCCUGUCAGUAUGUGAAAGGAAUUGUGGGUAAAAACCCGUUACUCCUGAGAGAGCUGAAACUGCUGAAAAAUAAACUAGGAGACAAACGAGUGAAUCAGAUCGCUGCUCUACUGCAGGAUAAACACUGUAAACUUAACACAUUGACGCUGAAUAAUAACAGGAUCACGGCAGAGGGUUUUGCUGCUCUGACUUCAGCAUUUAACUCAAAUCCUUCAAACCUGAUAGAGCUGGAUCUGAGUGGGAAUAAACUAGGAAACUCAGGAAUACAGAAGAUCUGUCCUCUGUUGAAAAAUCCUCAGUGCAGAUUGAAGACACUGAAAGUUUCAAACUGCAGUAUCACUGAAGAAGGUUAUAAAGCUCUGGCUUCAGCUCUGAGAUCAAACCCUUCACACCUGAUAGAGCUGGAUCUCACAAGAAAUAAUCCUGGACAAUCAGGAGUGAAGGAGCUCAGUGAUGUACUACUGGAUGGACGCUGUACAUUAAAGACCAUCAGGUUUCUGAAAAGUCCUGCUGCCCAGGAAGCAUGUGAUCAUCUCACUAAAGUUCUGGGUAAAAGUCCAUUAUUAUUGAAAGAACUGGAUCUGAGUGAAAAUAAAUUACGAGACCUGUAUUGGGAGAAGCUCCCUGCUCUUUUGAUGGACUCUCAUAGCAAGGUGGAGAAAAUUGUACUUAAUCAUUGUGAGCUGACAUGGAAAAUCUGCUCAGCUCUUGCUACUGUUCUCUCCUCCAAAUCCAUCCUAAAAGAGAUGAACCUGAACAACAGCCGUCUGCUGGACUCAGGAGUCAAAGAGAUCUGUGAGGGACUGAAGAAUCCUGUGUGUGGGCUGAAGAUACUCAAAUUUUCAGACUGCAGUAUCACUGAAGAAGGUUAUAAAGCUCUGGCUUCAGCUCUGAGAUCAAACCCUUCACACCUGAUAGAGCUGGAUCUCACAGGAAAUGAUCCUGGACAAUCAGGAGUGAAGGAGCUCAGUGAUUUACUACAGGAUCCAAGCUGUCAACUGAAGACACUGAGAUUGUUACAGAAUCCUUCUGCAGUUGAAGCCUGUCAGUAUUUGACUGGAGUUGAGUACAAAGACCCAUUACUCCUGAGAGAGCUGAAUCUGAGUGAACAUAAACUAGGAAACACACAAGUGAAUCAGAUUGCUGCUCUUCUGCAGGAUAAACACUGUAAACUCAACACACUGACGCUCCGUGACUGUGGUAUAACAGAGGAAAGCUGUUCAGCUCUUGCUACAGUCCUGAAAUCAAACCCCAGUCUGAAAGAGCUUGACAUGAGCAACAAUAAUCUGCAGGAUUCAGGAGUGAAGAAACUCCAGAACGGAUUAGAAAAUACAAACUGCACACUGAAGAAACUCAGACUUUCAGACUGCAGUAUCACUGAAGCAGGUUAUAAAGCUCUGGCUUCAGCUCUGAGAUCAAACCCUUCACACCUGAUAGAGCUGGAUCUCACAGGAAAUGAUCCUGGACAAUCAGGAGUGAAGGAGCUCAAUGAUUUACAACAGGAUCCAAGCUGUCAACUAAAGCUGAGGUUUUUGGGUCCAGAUGCAGAUGAAGCCUGUCAGUAUGUGACUGGAAUUGUGGGUAAAAACCCGUUACUCCUGAGAAAGUUGAAUCUGCAUAAAUGCAAACUAGGAGACACACGAGUGAAUCAGAUCGCUGCUCUACUGCAGGAUAAACACUGUAAACUUAACACAUUGACGCUGAAUAAUAACAGGAUCACAGCAGAAGGUUGUGCUGCUCUGACUUCAGCGUUUAAUUCAAAUCCUUCAAACCUGAUAGAGCUGGAUCUGAGUGGGAAUGAACUAGGAAACUCAGGAAUACAGAAGAUCUGUCCUCUGUUGAAAGAUCUUCAGUGCAGAUUGAAGACACUGAAACUUUCAGACUGCAGUAUCACUGAAGAAGGUUAUAAAGCUCUGGCUUCAGCUCUGAGAUCAAACCCUUCACACCUGAUAGAGCUGGAUCUCACAGGAAAUGAUCCUGGACAAUCAGGAGUGAAGGAGCUCAGUGAUUUACUAGAGGAAGGAUGCUGCAAAUUGAAGACCAUCAGGUUUUUGAAAAGUCCUGCUGCAGAGGAAGUGUGUGAGUAUCUCACUGACGUUCUGGGUAAAUGUCCAUUAUUACAGAAAGAACUGGAUCUGAGUGAAGAUAAAUUAGGAGAUCUGGAUUGGGAGAAGCUCUCUGCUCUUUUGAUGGACUCUCAUAGCAAACUGGAGAAAAUUACGUUGAAUAAUUGUGAGCUGACAGAGAAAAGCUACUCAGCUCUAGCUACUGUUCUCUCCUCCAAAACCAUCUUGAAAGAGAUGAACCUGAACAACAGCCGUCUGCUGGACUCAGGAAUCAAAGAGAUCAGUAAGGGACUGAAGAAUCCUGUGUGUGAGCUGAAGAUACUCAGACUUUCAGACUGCAGUAUCACUGAAGAAGGUUAUAAAGCUCUGGCUUCAGCUCUGAGAUCAAACCCUUCACACCUGAUAGAGCUGGAUCUCACUGGAAAUGAUCCUGGACAAUCAGGAGUGAAGGAGCUCAGUGAUGUACUACAGGAUCCAAACUGUCAACUAAAGCUGAGGUUUUUGAGAAGUCCUGCUGCAGAAAAAGCCUGUCAGUAUGUGACUGGAAUUGUGGGUAAAGACCCGUUACUCCUGAGAGAGCUGAAUCUGAGUGAACGUGAACUAGGAGACACACAAGUGAAUCAGAUCGCUGCUCUACUGCAGGAUAAACAUUGUACACUCAACACACUGACUCUGUGUGGAUGCAGUAUUACAGAGAAACAGUGUCUCAUCCUGUCUUCAGCUCUGAAAUCAAACCCAUCACACCUGAGAGAGCUGGACCUCAGUUGGAAUAAAAUAAAGAACACAGGAGUGCGGCACAUAUGUGAUCUCCUGAAUGAUUCCCACUGUAAACUGGAGAGAUUGAGGUUAAGAUACUGUGAUAUGACAGUUGAAGGUUGUUCUGCUGUGACUUCAGCUCUGAAAUCAAACCCAUCACAUCUGAGAGAGCUGGACCUGAGCGGGAAUAAACUAAAAAACACAAAAGUAAAGCAGUUGUAUGAUGUACUGAAGGAUUCACACUGUAAAAUGAAGCAACUGAGGUUCACAGGCUGUGACAUGACAAAUGAAGAUUGUUCUGUUCUGACUUCAGCUCUGAAAUCAAACCCAUCACACCUGAGAGAGCUGACCUUAAGUGGGAAUGAAUUAGGACAAUCAGGAGUAACAAACCUCGGUGAUCUACUGAUGAACCCACAAUGCAAGCUGGAGAAACUAGAUCUGUGUGGAUGCAGAAUUACAGAGAAACUAUGUCUCAUCCUGACUUCAGCCCUGAAGUCAAACCCAUCACACCUGAGAGAGCUGAACCUCAGUGGGAAUCAACUAGGAGACUCUGUUGUUGAAAACAUUGGGCUUCUGCUUGGCAAUUCACAUUGCAAGCUUGAAAAACUACAUCUAUGUGGAUGCAGAAUUACAGAGAAACAGUGUGUCAUCCUGACUUCAUCCCUGUGUUUAAACCUUUCACACCUGAGAGAGCUGAACCUCAGUCAGAAUAAAAUAGAAAACAAAGGAGUGGAGAUCUUAUGUGACUUACUGAAUAAUUCACGCUGUAAACUGGAGAGACUGAGUCUAAACGACUGUGGCAUUACAGAUGUUGCAGAUUUAACUCAGACAAACGCAUUGACAUUUUUAAAAGAACUUGAUCUGAGUAACAAUAAAUUAGGUUACUCCAAAAAGCAGCUCAUUGACGUGCUACAAGACUCAAACUGUAAUCUGAGCCUGAAGAAAGAACAUUCGCUCUGGAGGGCUAGUGUGAACUACAUUAGUAGUAUUGGUGGAUGGUUAACUCGUUCUAAAGCUCAAGAGGAACCUGUGAAAUCAACAGAACAAGAAAAGUCACCAUCAGAUGAGGAAUUCUCAGAAGGUUCUCACAAUAGUACUGUUAUAAAUGCAGCUCAAGGGGAUCCUGUGAAAUCAACAGAACAAGAAAAGUCACCAUCAGAUGAGGAAUUCUCAGAAGAAGAAAAGUCACCGUCAGAUGAGGAAUUCUCAGAAGAAGAAAAGUCACCGUCAGAUGAGGAAUUCUCAGAAGAAGAAAAGUCACCAUCAGAUGAGGACUUGUCAGAAGAAGAAAAGUCACCAUCAGAUGAGGAAUUCUCAGAAGAAGAAAAGUCACCAUCAGAUGAGGAAUUCUCAGAAGAAGAAAAGUCACCAUCAGAUGAGGACUUGUCAGAAGAAGAAAAGUCACCAUCAGAUGAGGACUUGUCAGAAGGUGAAACAGAGAAGGGAGACGAGGCUAAUGAGUGCUCAAAUGAGGUGGAUUGGCUCGAUAUAAGACCAUAGGAUAAGGCCUUCAUCAUAAUGAUGUUUGGAUUAAACUCAUCCAUAAUGAAACAAUUAAAAUAUUGCUAAUCAUGACUGUGAUUGUAAUUUAGCACUUAAAUAUAUAAAUGUAAGACCUUUCGAACAGACACAGAUGGGCCAUUGAAUCAACUCAUCACAAGGUCUAAACUAACAGUAUGGCGCGUGGUUAAAGCCCUGCAACAACAAUCUGAUUGGGACAAUCACCCUUGGGACGGACAAAAUCAGCCUGCUUAAAACUGAACACAAAGCCUUCUUGGCUUGCUGGCUUGCUCUCUCUCUCUAUCUUUGGCUCUUUCGCCUCACUGAUUGCGCUACGAAGUGCUCACAGCCGUAACAUCAGGCUAGUGAUCAUCCAGAAUUAUUAACACUCCGUCAAACUUUGUGCCUGAAGAAAUUCCCUCCGGGAUCCCCUCAAGCAGCCAUCCAGGAGGCCACCGUCAGCUGUCAACUCGAACGCAAGCAAAUCUCCAUAUCUUGCUGAACUGGGCGAAUUAAUCGUUAAGCAAUAAAGAUCGCUAAAAAUCUCUGCUUGUGAUUUUUCUCAGGUUGAAUUUAACGAACUAGCAAACGAGUGCUAGACUUUAGGACUUUCUUCAAAUCGUAAUAACUCAUUUCCUGAACCAUGUCUGUGUGUGUGUGUGUGUGUGUGUGUGUGUGUGUGUAUGUGUGUGUUUCAAUAGCUUUUAGUUCAUGUAUUGUAGAAUAACAGUUAGCAAAUAAAUUUUUGUUUUAUUUAUAAAGAAUCCUUGUCUUGUGUAAUCUUCAAGUCUAAACAUUUGCCAAGAUCUCAUAUUACCUUGGUCAUGGUAAAAUUAUCAUUUUGUUUGAAAUAUUGUUGGCCACGAAUAGUAAAACAAACCGAUAAGACACUAAAUUUGGCUACUACGCUGGACGUCGAAGUUGAUCAAGUGUAAAUUAUUUGAAUCAGAUCAGUUUAAUCAUAUCAACCCGAAUCUAUAAGAUUUGAUUCCCAAAAGGAUAAAAUAAGAGCUAAUUUCUUACACAAAUGAUAUAAACUAAAAGUGUAAAAUGAAAAUGAAAAAUAUUCUGGCUACAUGUGCACAGAUUCAAACCAGUAUUGUGCACUGAUCUACUCUGGAAAACAAACAAACAAAAAAUUAUCCUUUGAAUUUACUUAAUUUUAUUGUGUACAUCAGUCCCACAUGAUCAGAAUGUGGUCAACUGACAUAAUUGUCCUCUUUUUCUUAACUUGAUUUCUUAAUGAUAAUAUUAAGGUAUUAUGCAACUCUAAAGCAAUUUCAUUAUGCCUCUGGUACCAGAGUUGUGUAAACCUAACUUGCUUUAAGUAAACUCCAUCCAAAUGUGUGUGUGUGUGUAAAUGCAAAAUAUUAAAUGUAAAAAUGCA